UUCCCUCAGGCUGAACAUACUCAGAGUUGAUUGAACUGAUUCUGAUCAGCUGUUCUGGAACUGAAAACUCAGAGUUUCUCAGCUCAGGCUCGGUCAACUCAGAGAUCAGGAUUAGGCUCAGUUUGUUGAGCGUCCUUUCUGAAAUAGGGCCCCAGGUUGAGGUAGACAAAAUCCAGGGGGAGGCAGCAGAGUAACUUCAAACUUGCCAUCUGCCGUAAAACCCCAAAGAAGAAGAAGAAGAAGAAGAAGGAGAAGGAAACGGUAAAGAGGGAACGGUUUUUACAGUUGAAGAUGACGACUUCAUGGAGUGACCGUUUGCAGAACUAUGCCGACCUACCAGCCAACAUGGACGGUGUGGCCAUGAAAAAGUAUCGACGUGAAGCUAACCACAGAGUGUUUGUCAACCGAAGCUUGGCCAUGGAGAAGAUUAAGUGUUUUGGUUUUGAUAUGGAUUAUACUCUGGCAGUGUAUAAAUCUCCAGAGUAUGAGUCACUUGGCUUUGACUUGACGGUGGAGCGCCUGGUGUCCAUUGGAUAUCCACAAGAGCUGCUCAACUUUGUCUACGACCCCUCCUUCCCCACCAGAGGUCUGGUGUUUGACACGAUGUAUGGCAACCUGCUCAAAGUGGAUGCAUAUGGGAACAUCCUGGUGUGUGUGCACGGAUUCAAUUUCUUAAGGGGACCUGACAUCAGAGAGAUGUAUCCCAACAAAUUUAUUCAACGUGGUGACACAGAGCGCUUCUACAUCCUCAACACACUCUUCAACCUGCCUGAAACCUACCUCUUUGCUUGCCUGGUGGAUUUCUUUAGUAACUGCCCCAGAUACACAAGUUGUGAGGCUGGCUUCAAAGAUGGCGACCUUUUUAUGUCCUACAAGAGCAUGUUCCAGGAUGUCCGAGAUGGUGUGGACUGGGUUCAUUUCAAGGGCUCCUUAAAAGAGAAAACGGUUGAAAACCUGGAGAAGUAUGUGGUAAAGGAUCCGAAGCUUCCUCUCCUCCUCAGUCGUAUGAACGAAGUAGCCAAAGUAUUUCUGGCCACCAACAGCGAUUACAAAUACACAGAGAAAAUUAUGACCUACCUGUUUGACUUUCCUCAUGGCCCAAAGCCGGGUACACCCCACCGGCCUUGGAAGUCCUACUUUGACCUGAUCCUGGUGGAUGCCCGCAAACCUGUGUUCUUUGGAGAAGGAACAGUGCUGCGGCAAGUCGACACUACUACAGGUCGGCUGAAGAUUGGCACAUACACGGGACCUCUUCAGCAUGGUAUUGUUUACUCUGGAGGUUCUUCAGACAUUGUGUGUGACUUAUUGGGCGCUAAAGGAAAGGACAUCAUCUACAUUGGAGACCACAUUUUUGGUGACAUCCUCAAAUCCAAGAAGCGCCAGGGCUGGAGGACUUUCCUGGUGAUACCUGAGCUGGCCCAGGAGCUGCAUGUUUGGACUGACAAGAGCUCCAUAUUUGAGGAACUUCAGUCUCUGGACUGCUUCCUCGCAGAGCUUUACAAGCAUCUGGACAGCAGCAGCAAUGAGAGGCCUGACAUCAGCUCACUGCAGAGACGCAUUAAGAAAGUGACCCAUGACAUGGACAUGUGUUAUGGCAUGAUGGGGAGUCUCUUUCGCAGUGGAUCCCGUCAGACGCUGUUUGCCUCUCAAGUGAUGCGCUACGCUGACCUGUACGCCGCCUCCUUCAUCAACCUGCUUUACUACCCCUUCAGCUAUCUGUUCAGAGCUGCUCAUGUGCUGAUGCCUCAUGAGUCAACAGUGGAGCACACCCACGUUAAUAUCAUCGACACAGAGUCACCGCUGGCCACACGAAACCGCCACGAUGUUGACCUCAAGGAGAUGGAGUGCAAACGACACCAGCUGACUCGAUCCAUCAGCGAGAUCCAGCCCCCCCACUUCUUCCCUCAGGCUCCACAGGAGAUCACCCACUGCCAUGACGAGGAUGAUGAUGAGGAGGAAGAGGAGUAGACAAAGGGAGAAGAGCAGAGGAGUCUGCAGAUGAAGCUCGCUGUCACAUCUAGUACAUCCUGUUUUCAUGUUUAAGUUGAUCUUUGAGCCUGGUUGGUGAAGAACAGGUACACUGAAUUGACGGUUUGUGAUAUGGACUACUGUAAGUUCCAGCGGGCUUGCUACUUCCCUGGUAGCUGCACCUGAAAGUUAGUUUAGAUUCAUGUAACUGUUAUUAUAAGAUUAAAGCAGUAGGGUGGUUAAGUUGAAGUGUGUUGUUAGAUCCUCGUGGCUCUGCCAGGUUUGUGUAAGGACGAAUUUUCUGCUUUUAUCCAGGUUAUUAGGAGUCCAGGAUGCAUCCAGCUCACUGCCAUGCUGCUUACUCCUGCAUCAUAGCUCUCGCUUUAAUACGUGCAAAACACUGAGGUUAACCUUAACCUGUCUUUAAGGAGCUAUCCACCAAUCCCUCUAGAAUGUUGCAAUCGCAACAAUUAACGCAAAUUCAGCCAAGUGUGACCUUGCAAUUUUGUCCAGUCACAGUAACUUAACUGCAAAUUUGACUAUUUAAAACAGGAAACAUUUUAUUAUAUUAUAGAGCUGCGUGCAGCGUGUUGAUUUGCUCAGCAUUUAUGAUUAGACUACUGCUGCAGGACUGGAGCUCUGUGCCUGGAAUGAAGUCACACACACAGUGACAGGGCUAAUGUUACCCAACAGUUAUUAACAGGUUUAACAACAGAGUCGAGCCAUUUCGUUGUCGAUGUGUGUUUAACAGCUCUGGGUCGGACAUUAACUGCUGCUGUGAGGCUUUGGCCCAAGUAGCGAAGUAUGACAAGUAGAGAUCAGAUCACUUUGUGCUGUUCAGCGGCGAUCAGCUUUUGCUGUCAUCCCUUUGCCAUGAAUCCUGGCUAGACUUCUAUCCACCAUAAACCUCAGUAACACUGUUGUGACAGCCAUGUCAGUCACAGACUUUGCAUAUUUGGGACCAUAUUGUUUUUGAGGUGUAAUUUUUUUUCCACUUCCAAAGAAUACUGGCCAAAUGUAGAGAUGUGAUGGUGAGGUAUUUCAGCGCAGCUAGAAGGAGAAAUAAAUAUUUUUAACAUCCACAAUAAAUAUCAGCUGGUGUGAAAAACAUGUUUUUUCACCUGCAGUAGCCUCAACAGAUCCGCUGUUUGGAUCAUCCUGUGUUAUUGACUUGCCUCUGUGUUGACAAGCAACAACCUUUCAUCCCCUUGUUUUGUUUUUAAUUUGUUUAGGUUUUUUUUUUUUUUUUUUUUUAAGAAAUUAUAGGAAAUGAAGGGAUUAAAAGCACACCUGGGGGAGGAUUUUUACUUGAAGAAAAUUAAACUGUAGUUUGUGUUUUAAACACAGCUGCUAAAAGUAUCUAACUGUUCUACACCAUUAGAGUGUUUUCUGUCAAGCAGAGUUUGCAAUGCCUGCUAUGGUGAGGUGAAGUCAAAAAGAAAUUGUACGUCACAGCUAUUGACACUGGAUCAGAGAAACCUCACCUUCUUAUUUUCCCUGUUAUUCCCCUCACUGUGUUGUACGAUAGGAAUUCCACAGAAUGUAAAUGACCUCUCACCUUUAAAUCCUUACUGUUCUAUAGUCUGUGUUUAUUAUGUGUAAUGUAGAUAAUACACUCUGCACCUACACGGUUACGGCCUUAUUCAUCCUGCAUUGAGUUGAUACAAUGAGUGUGAAUGAGAGAAAUGGUUAAAGUAUAUUUUGAAUGUGAAUGCUGGAUUGUUUUAAUCUGAACACAGGUAAAAGUUAUGACAGGUGAAAGCUAUGGAAGCCCAUUUCUUCCAGAUGACAUGAACAUAUUUAGGUUAAAAUUCAAACAAUUUCAAACUCAAAGUCAACAUUAUGAGACCCUGAAGUAUACGAGAAGUCAAUAUUUUAACCCAAUCAGAUUGACUUGACAAAAUUUAGAAUUAUGUGAUAAUAAGCACGUCACAAUUUGGAGUCAUCAGGUUUUUGGCUAUAACUCAGUUCAUACACUAAUUUUAGCAGUAUUCACACAAAUAUCUCAGAGGAUAAAAUGAAGUGUUGACAUUUUAUAUCAAAAGCUCAAAUGUCAGCUUCACUGUGUCAUCAUAAUACAAGAACACUUUUCUGGGCAUUACUAAACACCAUAAUGAAACUGUGCUGAUUGUAUAGAUCUUCUGUGCUGUUGGGGGGGGGUGAAGCAUCAGUGUUUUAACAGACGUGGAUGUUAACUUUGAGUGCAACUGGACUGGUUUGCGAAGGCAUACAAGCGAAGCGGUAAUUUGAAUUUUUAAUGAACAGUUACAUUUUUAAGUCCAAACUUAUGAGAUAGUCAAUUAGCCUGGAAAUCCAGACUCAAACCUAGAAAGAUUUUGAGUCUGGCCCUCACCGAUACACCCUUCCUACCCAAGGGGCGGCACUAACUGAGGCAAUACAAAUGCCGCCACACGCAAUUGGAUAGCAUGAUGGCCAAUCAGAGCAAAAUACAAGGUGACAUAUUCAUUGCACUAAGCCCUAUUUGUUUGCCGACCAGUGGGGCUUACUGAUAUAUUAUGCUUUUGCCGUAUCCUGUCAGCAAAACAGCAAUAACGUCCCUCCUGGAAAGUAAGGCUUCUAGGGCAGUCUUCUGUUCUGUUCAGUGUAGUUGGGUUAGCGUUUCUUCCAAAGCUAAAUCGAAUAGACGCGGUCCUUCGGCAACUGCCAUCUUGGCUGUUUACUUUUCGACUCCUAUGGCGCAGUGCUGUUCCAGAGCCUGCCUCCAUCAGAUAGACUGAUCUGAUUGGUCCAAUUUGCGAUUCAGUGCGCUCUGUUCGUUGGGGCCAGAUUCCCGUGCAGUGCAAAUUCGAAUUUGCAAGGGACGGGGCAUUUGGAUUUCCAGGGUAAUAGUCAAUUGUAAUAAUGAGAAAAUUCAAAUAAAAAAUCUGACAUAGUACUGUACAAUUCAGAAAUUGAAUCGCACUGACAUAAUCUUAUCAUCCCAUAUACCAUAAUUUGAUUUUAUUUUUGUUAUUUGGAAAGCUUGGUGUAUGUAUCUGUCCUGGCAGUGAUGGUCUUCCACAGAGAGGGGAACAUGCUGUUACUGUGCUGUCACUGAGUGCCAAAGUGGGCCUGUCUCCAUAUGCAUCACACAUACUGUCAACAUGAUCAGGGUGCAAUAGUUAAUUUUAGUGUGUUGAAGUGCUGAUAAGGUUGUUUUUCUUUGAGUAUUAUUAUGUUUUUAUGUUACUGCCUCGAUUUCAAAAGGACCUGUGAUUUAACAGGAGGACCUGUUUUCUGAUCUGCUGGAGUGAGCAUGCAGUAUUGAUGCUGAGGUGAGCUCUCUGACUCACAGUGGGCUAAUCCAGCCUUUUUUCACUGAAUGUGUGAUUCUGCUGUUUGUGUGUUGUUACAUUUCUUUAAGUUGCCUCAUCUCACUUGGAUUGAAGAGUCAGAUUUUUGACUUGUUUAAAUACCUGAAGACGGCUGAUUGUUUUACCUUAUUCAGGCCUGUUGCACCUUCGGAUAUUUCUCUUGUUAUUUGAGUGUGGGAGCAAUAUUGAAACACAAAGGUUUCAGAGUGGAAACAGCACCACUGAUUUAAGUUUUUCACUCUGUCAUAUUCAAGUCAUUUCAGAAGAGUUGAGCAUGUCCAUUUGCUGUCAGCUUUGAAGGCUAACGUGGACUUUGAUAAUUGCACACACUCAAGUGUAAAGUGAACCAAAUGAAUGUUUUUGUUUGUUUUUUACCAGCAAUGGUUAAUGCAUGCAUUGAAGUUGCAUUUUUCUUUAGUUAAAUUUUGAAAUAUUGCCUUUGAAGAAUGUUUGAAGCAGUGAUGCUGCAGCUGAGAUGGUUUGAUUACAGACUGAUGUUUGUAAUAAAUUUUCUGAUCUGA